AGUUAUAAUCUCAUUGGUCCCAUCGGCAUUCCCACCUUUUGUUUUUUUGAAUUUUCUUGCCAUUUCUGAGUAUCAUCAGCUUCAGAUUUAAUAGAGAAUCAGAAAUGGCUAACGAAUCCUCUUCAAAUGGCUCGCCUAUGUCGGAUUUCAUUACGGCUUCGCCUCCGCCACCGUCCUUGUCGCAGCAGUCAUCGGACGACGCAGAGUCUCUGCCAUCCUCGGAACCGCCGCCACAGCCUUCACAGUCAUCGCCUUUACCAUCACCGUCAACGUCACCACCACCCCCAGAAAUCUCUUCUCCGCCACCUACCGUACCUCCGCCGAAAAAAUCUCCUCCGCCGGCACCGGAGAAUUCGCCUCCUCCACCAACGCCGGUUCAUUCACCGCCACCACCAACUCCUUCUACUUCUCCACCACCUACCCCUUCUACUUCUCCACCACCUCCCCUUUCUCCGUCGCCACCUCCGCCAGAUCAAUCUUCUCCCCCGCCAAAACGUUCUCCGCCUCCUCCGUCACCAAGACGUUCAGCUCCACCACCUUCUCUCACACCGCCGCCACGUUCACAACCGUCACCAUCACCAUCACCGCCACCUCCACAACCGUCACUAUCACCGCCACCUCCAUCACCGCAAUCUUACGUUCCUCCUCCACAGUUCCUUCGGCCUUCAACUCCAACCGCAAUUCCACCUUCACCCGUUUUCCGUAUUACCACGCCUCCGCCGCCGCUGCAGACAGCUCCAGCGUCAACACCCCAUUCACAACUGCGACCACCACCGGGAAUAUUACCAGCAAUACCUCCGAUUUUACAUAUGUCUGCUCCCCAGAAGAGCAACCUUCCGCCGGUGUCUCCAAGCUCCUCCGGUAAUAAUAGUACAGGACAGAUUGUUGGUCUUGCUCUCGUCGGGGUUUUCAUCAUUGCCUUUCUUGCUAUGGUUAUUUUCUUUUUAUUAAGGAAUAAGCGAGAGAACAACUAUUCCUCGCCCUCCCCUGGAAAAUCUAACAUAAGAGGAGCCGGUACACCAGGAGAUGUGCAUUACUUUGUAGAGGAGCCUGGUUUUGGGAAUGGAGCACAACAAGGUGGCAUGCAUAUAAGAUCUCCUUCAGAUCCGGCUCUGAGCGGUGGUCAGUUAGUUUUUACCUACGAAAAGAUUGCGGAGAUCACUAACGGGUUUUCCAGCGAAAACAUCAUAGGGGAGGGGGGAUUUGGGUAUGUUUACAAGGCUUCCAUGCCUGAUGGUAGAGUGGGGGCGCUUAAGAUGUUGAAGGCUGGUAGUGGGCAGGGAGAAAGAGAGUUCAGGGCUGAGGUUGACAUUAUCAGCAGAAUCCAUCAUCGACAUUUGGUUUCACUGAUUGGUUAUUGCAUAUCAGAACAGCAAAGAGCGCUCAUCUAUGAGUUCGUUCCUAAUGGGAAUCUCAAUCAGCACUUGCAGGGAAGUGAAUUUCCAGUUUUGGAUUGGUCCAAGAGGAUGAAGAUAACAAUUGGUGCUGCAAGGGGCCUGACAUAUCUUCAUGAUGGAUGCAACCCAAAGAUUAUUCACAGAGAUAUUAAAUCGGCAAACAUUCUUUUGGAUAAUGCUUACGAGGCACAGGUUGCAGACUUUGGGCUUGCAAAGCUAACCGACGAUGCUAAUACUCAUGUAUCAACUAGGGUGAUGGGGACCUUUGGGUACAUGGCUCCAGAGUAUGCAACAAGUGGAAAAUUAACGGAUAGAUCAGAUGUUUUCUCUUUUGGAGUUGUCCUCCUUGAGCUUAUAACUGGAAGGAAACCUGUUGAUCCAAUGCAGCCCUUAGGAGAGGAGAGUUUGGUUGAGUGGGCUCGUCCACUUCUCCUUCGUGCACUUGAGACAGGAGAAUUUGGUGAACUAGUAGACCCUAAGCUUCAACAACAAUACAUUGACAAAGAAAUGUCGAAAAUGAUUGAGGCAGCAGCAGCAUGUGUUCGCCACUCUGCUCUAAAGCGACCUCGUAUGGUUCAGGUGCUAAGAUCCUUAGACAACGGUGACCAACUAUACGAUCUUUCAAAUGGGGUGAGAUAUGGUCAGAGCACUGUUUAUAAUUCUGGUCAAUAUAAUGAAGACAUUGCAAGAUUCAGAAAGAUGGUUAAUGGAAGCUUUGAUGAUUCUGAGUUUGAUAAUCUCAGCUCAGAAUUCCGUUCAACUGUUUCAAGAGAAAUGGUUGAACUCAACUCUGCAAGCAUAUCACAUAGUCCACGAAAUAGUGAUUCACAAUUUAAAGUUUUCCACCACCAAAGGAGCCAAACCCAGAACAGGUCUUAAGGGAACACAUACUAUGAGCAUAGGCAUAGUGGAGUUCAGAAGCUGCUGGUUUUAAUCAAACUAAUUUUUCCAAACUUAAUCUCUUGAAACCAAAAAAAAUUCACCAAAUUCCUCUUCGUUAUGCCAGCAUCAUCUUCAAGAGAACCAGGCAAAGUUUUCUCUUACAAAGAUUGGAAUCAUGACCUUCCAAACUUCCCAAUCCUUACCACCAUGAAAGUUGGGAAGAAUAUAAAAGACUGUAUUCGUUUGACCUGUGCCAACCAAAAACAUUCUUUCUUUUGUACAUCUUCAGUUUUGUUGUUUUCUUUCUCCCAUUCUUUUUUUUUCCUAUAGCGGGGGAGAUUGAAAGCUUGUAAAGUACAAGUUUGUGGAGUUUACUUUUUAAUAUCUAUGUAGAUAUCUAUUAGGAAGAAUGAGUUUCUCACUGCAUUUAUGUUUUACGGCAGUGACCAGUGAACUGUUGUGAGUUGUGAAUAUGGAGCAAUUCUGAGAGAUAGUUCAAGUCAAGGUGUACCAUUCAUGCUUAUAGUCCAUUUUUUUUCUCUCGAAGUUGUGAAUUUGUAGAAAGCAAAUGAUAUUUCAAUUUAACAGAACGAUGACUUUAGCUGUUUCAUAUCAA